AUGGCAGCAAAGAGAGCCAAGUCUGGGGUGCCCCAAAGCACACAACGGGGGGAACUAAAGGUUUACCGAGCAGGUAGCUCCGAGGGCAGACUACCAGUGCCCUCCAAUCUUCGCAAGCAGAGGUCUAUGACUAACCUGGCCGUUCUCACUGAUGCCGAGAAGAAGUUGCACCUUUACGAGCCCAAGUGGUGCGACGACAUGGGUAAGGCUGGGGCCGGGCAGACCAAGGCAGGCAAACCCAAAACAACAGGGGGUGGCAGUGGUGCCGGAGGGGGUGCCCCGCUUUCACGCAACCUCUCCAAAUCUGAGCACUCCUUGUUCCAGGGCAAGCCCAAGCCCUUCAGCCCUCUGGCAGCUCCCUCUGCCCUCAGCAAGCAGAGCCGCAUACCACGAGGUCCCUAUGCUGAGGUGAAACCCCUAAACAAGGCAUCUGAGGAUGGGAAGUCAGAUGAUGAGAUCCUCUCCAGCAAGGCCAAGGCCAACAGUAAGAAGCAAGGUGCUGGCGCUGGGGGAGAGUCAGGCUCCAAGGGCCACGGAGACGAAGGGGGAGACAAACCCUUCCUGAAGGUGGACCCAGAGCUGGUGGUGACAGUGCUGGGAGACCUGGAGCAGCUGCUCUUCAGUCAGAUGCUUGACCCAGAGUCCCAAAGGAAACGAACUGUGCAGAAUGUCCUCGACCUUCGCCAGAACCUGGAAGAUACGAUGUCCAGCCUGCGGGGGUCCCAGCUCAGCCAUAGUUGUCUGGACGGCAGCACCGUGGGCUACGACAGCGACGACACCAACGCUCGCAGUGUGUCCAGCCUGUCCAACCGCUCUUCACCCCUCUCCUGGCGGCACGGACAGUCCAGCCCCCGUCUUCAGGCCGGUGAUGCCCCUUCAUCUGCUGGCAGUGCCUACCAGGGAGUUAAGACAGGCUCCCAGUUUACUGCCCACACGAUGCCGGCGCGCUGCUCCAGCCGUCUAAGCAGCACCUCACGCAUUGAGCUAAUCGAAGGACUGGAUGUUGACGAUGCUGACCUCAAAUCAGGUUACCUGAGUGACAGCGACCUCGUGGGCAAGAGCAUGCCAGAGGACGACGAUGACAACCUGGCUAAUGGUUGGGAUGAGAGCAGCUCCAUCAGCAGUGGGCUCAGUGAUGGUGAUGGAGAAGGCUCAGAUAACCUCAGCUCUGAGGACUUCAACGUCAGCUCCUCCCUCAACUCUCUCCCCUCUACACCCCUGGGAUCCAGACGCAACUCCUCUGUUAUGCUCCGCACCGACGCUGAGAAGCGCUCCCUGGUGGAGAGCGGCUUGUCCUGGUACAGCGAAGAUGGCAAAGCCAGCCGCAAGCUGAACGAUGGCAGCUAUGAAACAGGGAGUCUCAAGAGGGAGACCCCGAGCAAGUGGCGAAAGAGGCCCCCGCAGAGUGUCGGAGAAGACUCGGGGGGCAAAGGGGAGCUGAAGAAGCCCCAGAGCUUGGGUCAACCUGGGAGCUUCAAAAAGGGACGCAACCCUCCCAUAGGCGUGACCUCCCCCAUCACCCACACCUCUCAGAGCAUGCUUAAAGUUGCAGCACCCAAAAGUGAGAAGCCAUUAGACAAGUCCAAAUUGUCCAUCAAGACAGCUGGUCUGCAACGAUCCCGUUCAGAUGCUGGAAGGGAUCAUCAUGGGGAGCAUCGCAAGCCGCCAUCAGGUUUAGUAAAGCCUACUGCUGGAGCCUCAUUUGGCUACAAGAAACCACCCCAAGCCACGGGCACUGCCACUGUUAUGACAGCAGGGGGUGCCACCAUCUCUAGUGGCUCUGCCACUGUGGGUAAGACCCCCAAGUCCUCUGGCAUCCCUGUGAAGCCUGUAGGUGGAGGGGUACCUACAGGUCGCAAAAACAGCUUUGAUGCCAGCAGUGAGCAUGGCUUCCUCGGCCCUAAUGCCAGAAACAGCAUUCAGUACCGCAGCCUGCCCAGACCAGCCAAAUCAAGCACUCUCAGCGUGAUCGGCCGCCCUGCAUCUCGGCCCAUCAGCGGUACCAUUGAUCCUAGUAUGCUAAGCUUGAAACCUGUGCCACCUAUGGCUUCUGCAAGCUCAAGAGUGAAGGAGCCUAGCGGUGGCAGCAGCAAGAUGACUAACCGAACCAGCACCGGCCCCGUCAACCAGACUGACAGGGAGAAGGAGAAGGAAAGGGCCAAGGCCAAGGCUGUGGCUUCUGACAUAGACUGCUGCUCCCUGAAAGGAGGAGAGACUCCGUCAGAGUCCACAGGAGAACCUGCUGUUAAACUGCACAGCCUAAGACGAACGAGUAGCAGCAAAUACCCUGAGCUAUCCUCUCCCACCACACCAAGGAUGCUCAACACUAAGUCCCUGGGCCGUCCUCCUAGCUUGGCUCACCUGGACAAGGUGAACUCCAACAGCCUGGACUCCUGUGUGACCAUUCAGGACCUUCCGCCCAAAGUACCCCCGUACUCAAAGCUCCAGGACCUGGCUGGGUCCCGCACCACCCCACGCCUCACCCCAAGCCCUGCGCCUGUCCUCCACAUCGACUCGCCUGGGUCCUACACCAGUGAGAGCCUGAGCGUGAGCCUGAGCGAGUCCCCCUUACUUUACCCUAAGCUGUCCGGCAUGCACCGCAGCAUGGAGUCCCUGCCCCUGCAGAUGAGUGUGCCUCCCACUGGGAGGUUUGUCAGGACAGAGACCAAGGACAUGGAGGAGAAGGGCACGGGGACGUGGGGGGCUGGGAGCAGGACGUCCCUUAACCUCGCAGAUAGCUUGCAAACAGACAGGAACACCUUACCAAAGAAAGGCUUAGAUCGCUAUGGCUUGAGCCAGUCAGACAGUGAGGGGGGCAAACAGGGAAGGCGCCACUCCCACACCAUAGUCAGCAUGACGGACAGUGAUAGCCCCCCUCAGCUGCCCUCUCCCACCCGCUUGCUCCACCCCUGUUCUGGCAAGGCUCCUCUCACCAACGUGGUUGCCCCGAUUUCAAGUGGCACACCCAGGAUAACCCGCUCCAAUAGCAUAGGCCCCCCCAACGACUCGACGUACGAUCUCUACGGGUCCUCUCCCUUGGGUAGCAGCAUGUCCCUGGCCGACCGACCCAAAAGCAUGAUGCGCUCCGGGUCUUUCCGUGAGCCCGGGGAUGAUGUACAUGGCUCUGCUCUUUCUCUGGCAUCCAAUGCUUCAUCAAACUAUUCUUCGACUGAGGAGAGGAUGCACGGGGAGCAAAUCCGCAAGUUGAGACGAGAGUUGGAGACAUCCCAGGACAAGGUUGCCAACCUGACCACCCAAAUCUCUGCUAAUGCAAAUCUGGUAGCGGCAUUUGAACAGAGUCUGGCACUGAUGACAGCACGCCUACAGACCUUGUCCGUCUCCUCAGAACAGAAGGAUUCUGAGCUGUGUGAGCUGAAGGAAACCAUUGAUAUCCUGAAGGCCAAAAACACGGAGGCCCAGGAAAUCAUACAGGGGGCUCUCAGUAACCCUGACAUCACACCUAAAGAGCUUGAGAUCAAGCGUCAGAACUCCUCUGAGAGCAUCUCGAGUCUCAACAGCACCACCAGCCACUCCAGUAUGGGUAGCCUGAAAGAACAGGAGGCCAAGAAGAAGAAAAAGAAAAGCUGGGUCUUUGAGCUACGCAGCUCCUUCAACAAAGCCUUCAGUAAGAAGGGUUCAAAGCCUUCAGCAUCGUACGCUGACAUUGAGGAGAUAGCCACUCCAGAGUCCUCCGCACCCUCCUCUCCAAAGGUCCACCAUGAUGGGGACAAUCCUCCCCCAUCAAUGAAGUCUUCUGAUUCUGCAUCGUCAUCUGGACUGUGCGAAGAAGGUGAUGGGAUGGAUGAGAAGAUCGUAUCAGACCUACGCUCAGAGCUUUGGGAAAAGGAAAGGAAACUUACGGACAUCCGUCUGGAGGCGCUAAACUCAGCUCACCAGCUUGAGCAGCUGCAGGAAGCCAUGUCUACCAUGCAGCGGACAGUGGAGAACCUGAAGGCUGAAAAUGACCAACUGAGGUUGGGUGGUACAUCCCCUUCCCCCUCUCCUGGACCCUCCAGCUCCGUCUCCCAGUCCUCAGGCCUCACCGCCCUCGGGGGCCUGUCGCCCCGGCAGUCAGUAGCAAUGCAAAUGCCCAAAAGCUACAGCAAGGGCCUGAGUGAGGGUGGCAGCUCAGAGGUGUUCACGGAGUCUGCCAGCCUAUCCACACAGAGAGACGACCACCGUGUGAGGGUGGUGGUUUGUGUCGCCGAUUUACAUGUCUUCAAAGAUGAAGUUAAACAACAGGACUUUUUCAUUGGUACCGUGAGGGUGAACGGCAGGAUGGACUGGCCCAUGCUAGACUCAGCUGUCAGUCAGGCUUUUAAGGUGUACAUGGCAAAAGUUGAUCCCACCUCCAGCCUGGGCCUUUCCACUGACUCCAUCUACAGCUACAGCAUAGGCCACAUUAAGCGAGUGCUGGGAGGGGAGGCCCCUGAGAGCCAGCCCUCACGUUGCAUGUCCCGGGGUCCCAGUGGCAUCAGUGUGGCCCUGAAAGGGUUGAAGGAGAAGUGUGUGGACAGCCUUGUAUUUGAGACCCUCAUCCCCAAGCCCAUGAUGCAACACUACAUCAGCCUGCUGCUCAAACAUCGUCGUCUCAUCCUGUCUGGACCCAGCGGAACUGGUAAAACCUACCUCACUUCCCGGCUGGCGGAGUACCUGGUGGACCGCAGUGCCCGCGAAGUCACAGACGGCAUAGUGGUCACCUUCAACAUGCACCGCCAGUCGUGCAAGGAUCUACAGCUCUACCUUUCCAAUCUGGCUAAUCAAAUUGAUCGGGAAACCAGCACCUCAGAAAUACCCUUAGUAGUUAUUUUAGAUGAUAUUAAUGACGCGGCUUCUGUCAGUGAACUUGUCAAUGGUGCACUUACCUGCAAAUACCACAAAUGUCCUUACAUUAUUGGGACAAGUAACCAACCAGUGAAGAUGUCUGCUAACCAUGGCUUGCAUCUUAGUUUUAGAAUGGUGAUGUUCUCCAACAACGUGGAACCAGCCAAUGGCUUCCUGGUGCGCUACUUGCACAGAAAGAUGAUGGAGUCAGAGGAUGAGAGGAGCUUGACCAAUGAAGACCUGAUCAGAGUACUAGACUGGGUGCCCAAGCUGUGGUAUCAACUCCACGCCUUCCUGGAGAAGCACAGCACAUCUGACUUUCUCAUUGGUCCUUGUUUCUUCCUCUCCUGUCCAGUCACAGUAGACGAGUUUCGAUCCUGGUUCAUUGAUCUUUGGAAUCAUUCCAUUAUUCCAUACCUUCAAGAAGGGGCCAAGGAUGGCAUUAAGGUUCAUGGCCAGAAGGCGGUGUGGGAAGACCCAGUGGAGUGGGUGCGGGGUACGCUGCCUUGGCCGUCUGCCCAGCAAGACCAGGCCAAGUUGUUCCACCUGCCUCCUCCCAGCAUAUCUUCUGGUAGCCCUGGUCAGCCCAGUGAGGAGAAGCACCAGGAGACACCACCGAGUGCCAUGGAGUCAGAUCCCCUGAUGGCAAUGCUUUUGAAACUUCAAGAGGCUGCCAAUUACAUCGAAUCUCCUGACAAAGAGGACCUCAGCCUGCCUAAACUUUGAACACAGUGUAAAUUUAAAACCUAACACUUAAGAUAUAACUUUUUUUUCUGUUAUAUGUCAAAUACAAUGCAUAUUCAGGAACAAACCCUCUGAGAUGGUUUCAGGGCCAUUAACUAUCUUUCCCAUCCAGGAGAUUGAAAGUAUGAUAGCUUAUUUGGGGGGAGGAGUUCAUUCUGUUCCAUAAAGUACUGAAUGCAUCAGUAUGUUUUAUUUCUUUGUAAUAUUUUGUCUGGAAGACAUUUGCCACUGUUCAAAUACAGCUCCUUGCCAUUCUUAACCUCCAUACUGUCAGACCGGUGCUAACAAAUUAUUACAUUAA